AGUUUAUCCACACCGCAAAUCGGGGCCGGGGCGCAGGGAUAUCUAGGGUUUCCUUCACCUGCGAUUUGUUCUUUUUUCCCUUUUUUUCCCCUCGCGAAGAGCGGCAUCUGCGGCUCGUCGAUCCCUCCCUGCCGCUUCCAUCUUUAGCGCGCGGCCCACUUGAUUGGGAGGAGGAGGGGGGAAGCGAAGCCGAGUGAGAUUGAGGUGGACGGAUAGGAUGACGGGCUCCAUGGAUCUCCCAGCGAAGGGCGGGUUCAGCUUCGACCUAUGCCGGCGGAACGACUUUCUGGAGAAAAAGGGGCUCAAAGUCCCCGGCUUCAGGAAGACCGGGACCACCAUCGUCGGCCUCGUCUUCCAGGAUGGGGUUGUUCUUGGGGCAGACACAAGGGCAACUGAGGGGCCUAUAGUUGCUGACAAGAAUUGUGAGAAAAUCCACUUUAUGGCGCCAAACAUAUAUUGCUGUGGAGCAGGAACAGCUGCUGACACAGAGGCUGUUACAGAUAUGGUGAGCUCCCAGCUACAGCUUCACCGAUAUGCAACUGGCCGUGAAUCAAGAGUUGUGACUGCACUUACACUGCUGAAGUCACACCUUUUCAAGUAUCAAGGUCAUGUCAGUGCCGCCCUUGUUCUUGGUGGAGUGGAUUGUACUGGACCACACCUACACACUGUUUAUCCACAUGGCUCCACAGAUACUCUUCCUUUUGCCACGAUGGGUUCUGGAUCGCUUGCUGCAAUGUCGGUGUUUGAAUCGAAGUACAAAGAAGGGCUUACGAGGGAAGAGGGAAUACAACUUGUGGCCGAUGCAAUCCGUGCUGGUAUCUUCAAUGACUUGGGUAGUGGUAGUAACGUGGAUGUCUGCGUGAUAACCAAGGGGAAGACAGAAUACUUGAGAAACCACGAGUUACCGAAUCCAAGAACUUACGUUAGCUCGAAGGGAUACAGCUUCACCAAGGGGCAGACUGAGGUACUUUCCACAAAGAUCACACAGCUGAAGCAGAAGGUUGAGGUCGCUGAGGGUGGCGAUGCAAUGGAGGAGUGAUCAUGCGUACUAGGGUCAUAUUCAGAAUUUACGUAAUUUUCUUAGUGGGGCUGCUAGAACAAGAACAGAAUGGAUGCCUUUGUUGUACUUUCUGGACCGAAUCCAGACUUUCGCUAAAGAUGUUUCAGAUGUUGACAUAUUUUCAAGUGAUUGUUGGUUUCGAAUGUGGAAUUGUUUAAAAAUGUUAUGGUAUGGUAUUUUCUUUGCGUUGUUA